GCUCGCGCGUGUCUCAAUCCCUAGCUGCCCCUCGGCCCCUCCCCCCUCGAACCAGAACGCACAACCGCUCCUGCCGCCGGCAACGAAACCCUAAGCGCAGAGAUGCUACCAGCCGAGGCGCCACACCUUCCCAGAGGCCGCUACCCCCAUGAUCCGGCCAACUUCGCAUACCCCCCCGACCUAUAUGGCCCUGCGCUCCAGCGCCUCCAUGAUCCUAGCGAGCAGCAGGAGGUGGUGGCGGCGGCAGAGGAGGAGAAGAAAGGGAUCGCCUCCAUCUAUUCCUGUAUCGAUAAACAUGCUGAUCCGGCGCUCAAGGCCGAGGCUUCAGAGCCGCCUAUUCCUCACUGGGAUGAUGCCUGGCUAUCCGACAGCGACGAUGAUUUAGCUGACAUGCUCGACUUGGCCGACUUGGCCGGCUUGGCCCUGCCACACUCUGACGAGGGGGAGGGAGUGGUGACAGACGAUGAGGAGACAAAUUGCCCAGGGAAAAACUUUCCCAGGGAGAAAGCCAAACUGAUACAGAAGGUGUGGGUAAAUAGUGACACGAAACAGAACGAAGAACACAUGGAGCUGUGUAAGAUGCUUCUAGAUCUGGGACAUGAGUGGUCUACCCUUCCUCCUUAUCCUAUGAAAGUAUUCCCUCAGGCAAUAGGGGCAUGCGUUUUGCGGGGCUACUGUCACCACCGCAUGUACAAAACCCAUGAUACUUCCACCACUAAAUCAACUCUUGGAUAUCGUGAACCAAAUCCGAUGCUACAGGUAUUCUCGCUGCGUUUGUCAAGCUCUGCAUCAUAUCCUGUUAAUGUCUAUGGAAUAGUCGCCAUUCGGGAUUCCUUGGAGCCUUUGCGGAACUACGUCUUUAAUCGUCCCUGCAGAGAGGAUGCUGUCACCAUUGACCAGGAUUCCUUCAUCCUACCUCUUUGUAGCCCUUGUCGAGGAAUGUACUUACGGCUGGAUGUAUUAGUAGAAAUUGAUCUGUGGGUAAAGGAUGAAGGGGAUGGGUCGACUGACAAACAAAUACUUUCUGCGUAUACUGAGAUUGAGAGUUGCCCAGGUUGUGAUGAAAUGCUAUAUGGACGGAUUUGUAGUGGCCUGUUCAGCUUGGACAUCGGCUACAUACCAUUUACAAGCGGUAUCGAGGCCGUAAUAGAAGUCUUUGCAAAGGUUGACGGUCCUCAUCAUGUGAGAUUUGGUGCUUUCAGCAGUGGCUUUGAUCAUGAGAUUGUGUUGUUUGAUGACACAUUCUCUGUGACUAAGAUGCAGUUUCAGCAUGUAGUCGUGGUGAAAGCAAAUGAAAAAUUGGAUGUUUGCUUAAAGUUGGGGGAAUCACUCUUUCGGUGGACUUUCCAGGAUGGACAUGUUGGACCUGUUAGGAUUCCUGAUGACUCGAUGUCAAAGUAUGGCCAAUUUGAUGUGAGGGUGUUCUUUGCUCCUAAGAACUUGCCACCACAGAAAUAAAUGAAGAAGACACCCCUUGCUGGAUUGUGCGUUUUAUUAUCUCCUAACUAAGUACCCCUUGGGUGUUAUUUUUUUUUUGUAAUCUGUAAACCCUAUGUGUCAAAACAACAGACGUUUGAGGUCAGACUUGUUGAAACUUGAAAAUAUUCUAUGUUUGUCUGCA